CAAUCCAAGUCUAGCCAAGUCAGCAAGUAGCGGAAGCGCGGGAGCAGCGAACGAAGCAGACAAAUUUUGCCGAUUCCCAGUGGUUUUCUCUGUAUGAGCUUACAGUACACAUUACAAAUGACGUCAGGCCGCGAUGCCGCUCGUAAAGGUGUUUCGUCGAGUGGCGUUGGGACGUGGAUCUCUGAAGUGAAAAAGUGUCUCUUGAGAAACCUCGACACGCAAGCAAAACCCGACCUCUUGAGGUCCUACGGCGAGCAAAAGCGUGUACUGGAAGAAUUGUUGUCAAGAGCGGUCAAGCUAGGCGAGAGCAACUCCGUUUUGGUAGUUGGGCCCAGAGGAUGCGGGAAGACAUCGUUGAUUCUAGCCGUUUUGGACAGUGUGUCCGAGCGCAAGGACAUCGCUUCAAACUGUCUUCUCGUAAAGUUGAACGGUUUCACUCACACAGACGACAAAAUUGCUCUGAAAGACAUUACGCGCCAAAUGCAUUUGGAGAAUGUCGUUGGUGACAGAGUAUUUGGCAGUUUCUCCGAGAACCUUACAUUUCUGCUAGAGUGCCUGAAAUCAGGUGACGAGCAAAGCAAAACAAUUGUUUUUGUUGUUGACGAGUUCGACAUGUUUUGCUACCAUAAAAACCAAACGCUUCUUUACAAUUUGUUUGAUGUGGCACAAUCGGCUCAAGCACCCAUUUUGGUUAUUGGAAUCACCUGCCGGCUGGAUGCCGUUGAACUCCUCGAGAAGAGAGUGAAGUCUCGUUUCUCGCAUCGCCAGCUUCACCUGUUUCCCAACUUCAGCUUCGAAGAAUACCUUGGCAUCAUGGUUGAUCACCUGUCCUUGCCUACCAACUUUCCAAAUAAGAAGCUCAGAGAGGAAUGGAACGCCUCUGUCAAGGAUUUUGCCCAAGAGAGUGCUGUGAGAACAGCCUUGCAACGGCUGUACUCGACCAACAAGGACAUUCGAGCUAUGCAGUAUCUGUUGCUGCCACCUGUUAUGCGCCUCUCGGAAGAGAGUCCGAAGCUGGACGCUGUCCACCUCCUUGAGUCUCAGAGGCAGCAACUUGAAGACUCCAAUGUUGCCCUUCUGAAAGGGUUGUCGAUGCUAGAGCUGUCGCUGGUCAUCGCAAUGGUGCACUUGACAAAAAUUUACGACGGAGAGCCCUUCAACUUCGAGAUGGUUUAUAAAGAGUUUUUAAAAUUUGCAACUGGAAAGUCAUCUCUGGAAACCAGCAAGCCCGUGGUAAUGAAGGCAUUCCAGCAGUUGGAGGCAUCGGAGUUUGUGCAGCCCGUGUCUCGGAGCCUCGCCAGUGUGCAGUACGAAUUCCGGCUCAUGCAGCUACUAGUUGACCCAUCACAGGUGCACGAGGUGGUGCACAGGUCGUCGUCCCUGCCUACGGAACUUGCCCAUUGGGCAGUGUCUGUCGUAGGAAGCUAACAGCUGCUUAGCAUCGCUACUUGGAACUCGUGCAUAAUGGUGUUGCUACCGAUGUCGAAGCCCAGGUGUUGUGCUGGUGUUCAAUGUCCUUUCUCGAAGAUGUUCCAAGCUUCGGAGAAUGCCGCCAAGUUACGAGUGCUGGAGGAUCUCUGUGCUAUUGCCCUCUCCUCAACUGAAUGUGUUUGCAUACAUUCAUGGCGUUUGUUUGCAAGGGUUUGCUGUACAUAAAUAAAAUCAAUGAAGA